AUGAUCUCGAGAUCGUCUCUCGCCCGAAACGCGCAGAAGGCCGCUUGCCGGUCAUGGGCUGCCCAGCCCCUGCAGCGAAGAGCCUUUGCCUCAGCUGCGAACACUGGCGCCUUUGAGUCUUCGGAUGUUUCUGGACUCAAGGUUGCCUCGCGCGAUGCUCACGGCCCCACGACGAAGCUUGCCAUUGUUGCCAAGGCUGGAACUCGUUAUCAGCCCCUCCCCGGAUUGGCUGUUGGUCUCGAGGAGUUUGCUUUCAAGAACACCCAACGCCGAUCUGCCCUCCGAAUUACUCGCGAAUCCGAGCUCCUUGGUGGCCAAUUGACCGCAUCCCACACCCGUGAGGCUGUUGUUCUCCAGGCCAGCUUCCUACGCGAGGAUCUGCCUUACUUCGCCGAGCUGUUGGCCGAGGUUGUCUCUUCCACCAAGUACACCACCCACGAGUUCCACGAGGAUGUUGAGCGAGUUCUCCAUCUCAAGCAAGCUGCCUUCAAUGCCGAUGUCAACGCUCUCGCCCUCGAUAACGCUCACGCCGUCGCCUUCCAUGUCGGUCUGGGUGCCCCCGUCUAUCCUACUCCCACGACUCCGUACCAGAAGUACCUGAACGAGGAGUACAUUGCUAGCUACGCCGACGUCGUUUACACCAAGCCUAACAUCGCUCUUGUUGCUGAGGGUGCUCCUUCCCAGGAUCUCUCCAAGUGGGUUGGUCAGUUCUUCAAGGACGUUCCCUCUGCCUCUCAAAGCGGUCAGUCCCUGAAGGUUGAGGCUUCCAAGUACUAUGGUGGUGAGCAGCGCACAUCUCACACCGGUGGCAAUGCUCUGGUCAUUGCUUUCCCCGGCUCUGAAGUUUCCAACGCCAAGCCCGAGAUUGCUGUCCUUGCUGCUCUUCUCGGCGGCCAGUCUAGCAUCAAGUGGUCAUCUGGCUACAGCCUUCUCGCCAAGGCAACUGCUGGCACCUCCGGCCUCUCUGUUACUACCUCUAACCUCGCUUACUCUGAUGCUGGUCUCCUCGCCAUCCAGCUCUCUGGUCCUGCUGCCUCUGUCCGCAAGGGUGCCGAGGCCACCGUGAAGGCCCUCGAGACCAUUGCCAACGGCUCUGUCAGCCAGGAAGAUGUCUCCAAGGCUGUUGCCAAUGCCAAGUUCAACGUUCUGGAUAGCGCCCAACAACCGGAUGCCGCACUCCACCUCGCUGGAUCUGGCAUUGUCAACACUGGUAGCCCCUAUGACAUUGCUAAAUCUGUCAAAGCUAUCGAGGCUGUCACCGCUGACGCCCUGAAGACCACUGCCAAGGCUCUUUUGGACGGAAAGGCGACUGUAUCUACAGUGGGUGAUCUUUUCGUUCUCCCAUACGCCGAGGAGAUUGGUCUUAGGGUAUAG